AGUGAGACAAUGACGUUCACAUAUUUCGCUUAAUAAAACUCUGGUACCUUAAAUUAUUACAAAUUAUAACAAUCGUUUUACUCAUUCCUAAUUACCUGCAGACGAUAAUUUAAUUGACUAAUAGACUUGAAAUGAUUCAGAUAAAAAACUAUAGUUUUGGGCGUUUUUUUUAGUAAUUUUGUAAUAAGGAAUAGCAUUUAUAUUGCGUUGAUUUUAAGUAGCCUAGAAGUGAUAUAUAAAACAAGACUAGAAGCCUCAGUUCUCGGUGAAUGAUCAACGUUCACGUGACACAAGCACAACCACUCGUGCCGUGUGCAGGUGAAGUGAUAAUUUAAGAAAAUAUAUUGUGAAUGAUCACUCCUUCAAUGAAGGCUUCAUGUCAACGAUUCGUUCAUUCAUCGCAUUUUUAAAACAAAGGGAUUUAUUUUCGUUUUGAAUGAUUGACAUUUCCUGGUCGACGAGAAUAGUGUAGAUAGAAGCAGUUGUGUUAGGUCACCUUAUUAAAACCAUAGCAACACACGGUCCUACUCGAACUCAGCAUGAACUGGACAGCAAGUGAGAUGCAGCGGUUGGUGACCUACAGAGAUGUCCAGUCCUUACUGGAGUCUAUGGAAAUAUGGACGCUCAAACUGGCUCAACAGGGGUUCUCAUACACAGGUCAGGGGUCAAAGGUCAGGUGUGAAAGCUGCGGUCGCGAGCUCGACUUUGAGGAAUUUUUAACUGCUGGCACCAUGCAGGAGCCGUGCCUGCCACAGUUCCACGCCAGUGGUUGUGUUUACACGUCACGUGCAGAGAGUGGGCCGUACAGUGUCACAUGGUCUGCCCACACACCAGGCAACAACCACACAGCACGUGACCUAGAGGUCAACAUACCCACAGACCACCCGGUCAUUGGGUCGAUGACGUCGUUAGAAGAGAGUACAGAGACAUGGUCAGAUGACGUGAUGACGACACCACAGGAUAAAACACCAACCUCACCAAGACACGUACAUCAGGAGAAUGUGAUAGUCGUGAAUAGCAUGGACACACCUCAUGAUAGAACAGAGCGAGACACACCCCAUGAUAGGGAGACAGAGGAGCCACUUGAUGAAAUACAAAGAGGUGCGUCUGGAACUGAGAUGGUAAUGGCGGCUGGCAUCUCAGCUGGUCCAGGAAACACACAAGAGGAAGUAAACACAAGUCGAGGAUCUACAGUAAUAAGGAGUGAAAGAAAAACUACAGAAACAAAACAUUUAGAACGAGAUUUGACGCACAUAUUUAUUGACGAGGGUGUGUGUUCUCCUGAAGUGGCAGAGGCCAGCGACACCUCCAGUGAAGGAGAGGUCCACAGAGUUACCUGCCCGAAAAAUCCUGGACAUUUCGCCUAUUUCCCGGUCAGACAACUGACCCUGGAACAAAUCCCAUCCCAGACACGGCACCCAGAGGUUCUCGAGUUCCUGAGACACUGGGCAACACUUACAGUCAGGAUCAGCGUCUCCCAUACUAGUCAACACCGGAGCAACCCACGCCCUAAAGGCACGUACUUUGGCACCGGAUGCGUGUUGCUAGAACCCUUGGAAAGUUUCACGGGUCCAGCGAAUGACAAACUUCAUGCAACGGAAACCUCUAAGAAAUCCUGGAUGUCUUUUUUAAAGAAAAACAAAGAGUUUGUUUACAUCGUCACUAGCACCCAUCUAGUGUUUGAUGACGAAGAAGCAGUGCAUGCUCAUGUUGAAUUCUUCUUUGAACACCCGAAUAGAAAAAACGUGAAGAUCAUCAAAGGAAAUUCGGUAAUUCCCUCACCGAUUUUCGGAGAUUACCGAUGUAUUUUAGUAUGUAAAACGUCAGACCUUAACACCGUUCAGCUGGUGAAUCAAACGAAAGAGAAGAUCGCGACACUAGCCGAGAAGCUGCCGAGUACAGUUAAAGAGUGCAUGACAAAGAAACUGUUUCUAGUUCACCAUCCCCAUGGCAACGAGAAGGUGUUGUCGUAUGGAGAUUAUGUGGCUGUGAGGUAUGCUCUGAAGCCUGGUACAGAGGGCGGGGUCACUUUGGUGAAAAUCAACAACAGCCAGUUAGGGGCCACUGCAGACGGCGACAUACGCAAGGUUCUUCUCUACGCGGCGGACACCUGCCCAGGUUCCUGCGGCGCACCUGUCCUGACCUUCAGGAGAUACAGGUCAGGUACCGGUCAACUGGUCUACAAGAUGGAGACCUGGGUGCACAACGGUCUGGACACAAUCUACUCACUCAGUGCCUCGCUAUUGAAAGAAUUCACCAGCGAGGAUCGUGAUCAAAUUUUGAACCCAGUACUCCAGCAAGGGCUGACAACUCCAGACGAGGAAGACAAAGAUAAUCCUGGUAACCAAGAAGUUGUGUCACCUGUUUUCAAAGUCACGUGUCACCCGUGCUACCCGGCCUAUGUCUUGUAUAAAAAACGACUCAUGAGCUACGACACCUGGCCAGCCCACCACAUCCACGAGCCCAAUCUUCUGGCCAAAGCUGGCUUUUUCUAUGCAGGCUACUCGGACUGUGUCCGAUGUUUCCAGUGCGGCCUCGGCCUGAGGUCAUGGAAGAAAGGCGAUGACGUGCACACCGAGCACAAGAAACACAGAGCGACAUGCCAGUACCUGGAGAUCCUGAUGGCUAGAUUGACGUCAGGUCAGCUCACACAUGAGGGGCAGACAGAUGAUGGUGCUACUUGUAUGACAAAUGCUGACAUGGCUAGAAACACAGCUGACGUCACAAGCUACACGGAUCUAAAAAUAGCCGUGCUGCAGAAAGAGCACGCGAUCCUCCAGCAGAUGUUGCAGUGUAAGGUGUGCUUCAGCACGCCCAUCGUGGACCUGUUCCUGCCCUGUGGUGAGCUGUGUGCCUGCAAGGACUGCUCCAAGCUGCUCACCCACUGCCCCAGCUGUCAGAGGCCGAUUCUGGCAACCGUCACCACAUAUUACACGUGAUCAUAUGACAAAUGUGACGACCUAUUACACGUGAUCAUAUGACAAAUGUGACGACCUACUACACGUGAUGUUGUGAUAAAUGUGACGACCUACUACACGUGAUCAUAUGACAAAUGUGACGACCUACUACACGUGAUGUUGUGACAAAUGUGACGACCUACUACACGUGAUGUUGUGACAAAUGUGACGACAUACUACACGUGAUGUUGUGACAAAUGUGACGACCUGCUACACGUGAUCAUAUGACAAAUGUGACGACAUACUACACGUGAUGUUGUGACAAAUGUGACGACCUGCUACACGUGAUCAUAUGACAAAUGUGACGACAUACUACACGUGAUGGGACAAAUGUGACGACAUACUACACGUGAUGCUGUGACAAAUGUGAUGACCUACUAUAUGUAAUGUUGUGGCAAAUGUGACGACCUACUAGACGCGAUGUGACGAAUGUGACGACCUACUACACGUGAUGUGACAAAUGUGACGACCUACUACAUGUGAUGCUGUGACAAAUGUGACGACCUAGACCUAUUACAUGUGAUGCUGUGACAAAUGUGACGACCUAUGUCAAUACCUACUGAUGGUUGUGACGUUAUAUCACGCCAGAUAUCUUUGUUCUGAUCUGUGAUAUUUGACAAUCAAAGCCUUGUUUAGUUUACCUUUAAUGGUUUUAGAUUUUCUUUCAUCAUUAUUUUUUGGGUGUGUUCAUGAUCUUUAUGUCUGUUUUCUCGAACAUGUGUUGCUAGAUUGACAACUGGUUCAAAAAAUCUUUAUCAUUAUUUUUUUAAAAACCUAUUGGUUUUUUUUCCUAAAAUGAAACUUUAUAAUUUUUUGACUAAUUAAAAAAAUAUUUUUUUGAAAACUGAUUGCUUAUUGGUGAACUUUUUUCAUCGUGUUUUUUUUUUUGUUUUGAGAAAAACUUUUCGUUAUUCAAUUGUGAUAUUUUAAAAUAUUUAAUUUUUGUAUUGGUUUAUUUUUAUAACACUUUAUAUUAGUAUUAAUAUUAUCACAUUAUUACCAGUAUGAUAUGGUGUGACAAUUAAAAACAUAUCACACACAUGUACAUGAACACCUGUUGUGUGUGUAUGUGCGCCAACGCGCGUGUGUGUGUGUUUUUAAAUGGUGGCUACUAUAGCACACACUUUCCAUUUUUUGAACUGUAUUAAAAACUGCAUUUAAAACUUGUUUUUGAAGAAUGUAUUUUACUCAGAAUACAACAGAGGAAAUAUAAUCAGUAUUUUUUAUUAUUUUAUCAUGAUCAUUUUUUGAUGAUAUAGAUCUAGAGAUACAGGAAAGAAUCUCCAUAAAACUUUGAAUACAGAAUUAAUUGUACUUUUCCUUUACUCACAAUUUACUCUAAUUAAGAGAGACUAAAAACUUAUUGAGAAAUCAAUACCUCAAUGUGUUCACCUUGAUUAUUGUUACAUGUUAUCUGUGAUAACUUUGUAUUUUCUAAAUGUUUGAAAUUAAUAAACACAACAUUAAU